AUGUCCGACGAAGAGGAACAAUACAAUGACUUUCCGGGACCUGCAGCUCCGGCUCCGUUCGAAACCCAACCAAACACCAACAAAGAUUACGGCGUCGCUUCAAAACGAUCUUAUGGACGUUCUCGUUCCACAUAUGUAUAUUCAGUAAAUGGCAAUCAUGUGGGACCUGUACCGGCUCAGGAAUGGAGCUCAGCAGCUCGAAAGACAAGUGGUGCCACUAUGCUUCCGAGGACGGAAGAUGCUUAUUUCGGUCAACCAAACAAGGAUAGCGCAACGAAUGACGCCAUAUCACAGAUAACAAAUAAUCGCGGAGGAACA